AUGGAUAUAAGAGAGAUUGAGCAAAGUAGACAGCAAGCAAAUGAUCUUUUCAGACAGAAGAAGAUGGGCGAGGCGUUAAAGAUGUACGAAUCUUCUCUUCUGAAGGCAUCUGGAUGUGCUUCUGUAUCUAAUGGAGAUACCGCACUUUCUGAGCAGAUGUCUUUAUUGGCAUACAACAUCUCUACUGUUCAUUACAAGCGAGGUAACUUUCGUAAGUCUCUGUCUUUUGCACUUGAGUCGCUAAAAUAUUUAGAGAAUGAUAAGGCAAUGCAGCGGAUAUGCGCAUUGUAUUUGAGGUUGGGAAUGGCCAAGGAGUUUAAGAGCAUGUAUGACAAGAUUGGAAGCAAUAAAAAGAACAUGUCUGAGAUUGAAUAUCUGGUUUCAAGGAUGAAGCUGAAUUACAAGACGAUUGGAGUGGAAAGUGGACUGGCAUGGGAUGACUUGCAUGAAAUGUGUAGCAAAAUUGCAAAUGGAGAUAUUAUUGCUGCGCCAGUUAUAGAGCGUAUUUUAUCUCAAGGAGAAAGCAUUCUUCUUGGGAGGGAGAAUGUUGUAUAUAUUGAUAGUCAAUAUGAAGUGUUGAUUUUUGGAGAUACGCAUGGACAAUACUUUGAUGUAUUGAAUGUUUUUAAUCAAGUGUAUAAUCAAGAGAAUGUUUUUAUUUUCAACGGAGAUUAUGUUGAUCGAGGAUCGCAUUCAGUAGAGAACUUUAUUUUUCUACUUUCAUUAAGUAUCCUACUUCCGAAUCGCUUUUUAAUGACACGAGGUAACCAUGAGCUUUUGCAGAUCAACAGGAAAUAUGGAUUUUAUGAAGAGAUGAACAGGAAAUAUACAUUCAACGGUGAUUUUUUGUAUCAAAAGUUCCAGAAUGUGUUCCAGGCAUUGCCAAUAGCGGUUGUGGUCAAUGAUAAGGUGUUUGUGGUUCAUGGAGGGUUGCCUGAGGAGCCUGUGAUACUUGAAAAGGUGCAAGAGAUGUACAGGAUGACAAAUUCAUACACUGAUGUAGUGUUGAGAGGGUUGUUAUGGUCUGAUCCUGAUGAGAUUGAAGGAACGAAGGAGAGUGAACGAGGAGCAGGUAUUAUAUUCGGAAAAAGCAUAACAGAGAGGUUUUUUGAAGAUAAUGGAAUUGAAUUGCUUGUUCGGAGCCACCAAGCGGUAGAUGAUGGAUAUAAAAUGCAUCAUGAUGGGCAUGUAGUGACUAUUUUUUCAGCACCUGAUUAUGAAGGAACAGAGGGGUCUGGCGCAUACAUAGUUGUGAAUCCAAGUAGGUAUGGUGAGAAUGAAAGGGUAAAAGUGCAAGGAUCAGUGAGAUAUGCAGUAAGGAAAAUUGAUAAAUCUGUAGGGAAUGAGGUAUUACAAGUAAGUUUUGAAAGUGAAUGA